AUGCCUUUUGUAUGGAAAACGCUGACCGACGAAGAAGAAAAGAGAUUAUUAGUUGCUAUGGCCUUAGAUGGAGUAGCUCCGCCUCCAAGAAGAAGCCCCUCUCCAAGGACGUUUUUUGCAAAUGUACUCAAAACUGUGGCCAGCUCUUCUCAAGCUCCAACAGUCGCAAAUCAAGCUCCGAAGGUUCCAAAUCAAGCUCCGACGGUUCCAAAUAUUGAGAACCAGCUUGAUCAAUUGAGGUCCGGAGCACCGAUAAAUCAUGGACACCUUUUUUAUUGCCAUCUACAGUUUAAAAUGGUCGGAAUGGCCGAAAAUUGUUUCAAAAAACAAUGUGGCAAUGCUUCCACAUCUGAGCAAUCCUCAGCCUCAAGUUGCUCCGCCAGCUCACAAUUUUCCACCAAGACCAGUUUCAAGCUGUGGACUUCGGCAAGUUCCAAUCUCUGGCAUCUAGCCAACAAAUAUGAAUUUGCUCCUCUCGACACUUUAGAAAAUUUGAAGUAUCAUAUUCAGUUUUGCUUCCCUCUUCCUUUUCAUUUGAUUUUUGAUAAAAUGAAAACCCUAAUUCUUCUAUUUCUACUAUUGUGCUUAAGUUAUGCCACCCAUAGAUCUCUGAAAUGCUACUAUUAUGAUGAGCUCACCAAAGAGAAAUUUAUCGAGCACGGACGGACUGAAUGCUAUGCCAGAUACGAUUUCAGUAUGAAAAACGCAUAUUUUGGUGGAACCAGAAGACAGUAUGUGCCUAAUAAACACAGAAACUCAACUGAACACUGUGCGGAUUUUAUAGAUAUCCACAUCAACGGUACAGCUAGGCCAGUGUACAUAUGUUACUGUUUUGAGGAUUACUGUAAUUUCCCAUUCACAUUCAACGAGUUUGUCGCCAGGGGACGUACACUGCAGCCUUUUUACGACGAUUGA